AUGUCAAGUGAUAAAAAGAAACCGUCUGGUUUUGAAUUUAGAAAACGAAAAGCGGAGAAAAUUCAGCAAUUAGAACAUGAUAAAAAGUUUAUGGAUGUUAAAAAAUAUAUAAUUCAAAAAGGAAAAGACGUAAUCUCUGAAGACUGUAUAAAAGUUCCUUCUGAAUCAAGUAUUUCCGAAAGUGUUUCCAUAGAAUUAGUGAAUGACAUACAUGAAAUUGAAAAUAAAGAAAUAGAUUUAAAUUGUGUACAAGAUACGAAAAACGAGGAUAUUAUUGACAAUUCACAAGAGAUUUUACAGUUGUCUGAUUGUGGAAAUUGGCCUACCAUUCGAAAUAAUAGUCUUAUCGAUGAGUUGAUUAAAGGAGGUCCAAAUCAAAUUAAAAUUGACAAUUACCCUCAAAAUGGAGAAGGUCGACAUUUUUCAAACUCAUAUUAUACUAGAAAACUUUCAAAUGGCGAAGUACUUUGCAGACGAUGCUUACCGAAUGUGGAUAGAAACAGAGAUGAGGCUAAAAACAGGAGAAACUAUCGAUAA